AUGGCGAUCCAAAAGAAGCACGGAAAAGGUCGUUUGGAUAAGUGGUAUCGACUUGCCAAAGAAAAGGGCUAUCGAGCUCGUGCUGCGUUCAAGUUGAUUCAAUUGAACCAGAAGUAUGGAUUUUUGGAGAAGAGCAGAGUCUGUAUCGAUCUGUGCGCUGCACCUGGUUCUUGGUGUCAAGUCGCCGCAGAAUACAUGCCGGCGCAAAGUCUUAUCAUCGGUGUCGAUCUCUCCCCGAUUAAACCCAUUCCUCGAGCCAUUACUUUCCAGAGCGAUAUUACAACCGACAAGUGUCGCGCAACAAUUCGCUCUCACCUCAAACACUGGAAAGCCGACAUUGUUUUGCACGAUGGUGCUCCCAACGUCGGUGCCGCGUGGGUGCAGGAUGCUUUCUCCCAGGCUGAGCUUGUCCUGGAGUCUCUGAGACUGGCUACUGAUUUCUUGGCCGAGGGCGGAAACUUUGUCACAAAGGUUUUCCGAUCCAAGGACUAUAACCCCCUGCUGUGGGUUUUCAAGCAGUUGUUCAACUCUGUCGAGGCAACCAAGCCUCCUUCGUCUCGAAAUGUCUCUGCCGAAAUUUUCGUCGUUUGCCGCGGAUACAAGGCUCCCAAACAUGUCGACCCGAAGUUCCUCGACCCUAAGCAUGUCUUCGCAGAGCUUCAGGACCCAACACCUAACUAUGAAGCGAAGGUUUUUAACCCCGAAAAGAAGAAGCGUAAGCGUGACGGUUACGAGGAGGGAGACUGGACCCAGCACAAGGUGAUUCCAGUGACCGAGUUCAUCAACACUAUCGAUCCAAUCUCUAUUCUGGGUGGCUACAACGAACUCAGCUUCCAGCAACCACCUGGAGGAGAUCUUGCAUUGUCCACCCUGGACCGUUUGGAGGAGACAACAGACGAGAUCCGAACUUGUUGUAAGGAUCUCAAAGUCCUCGGCAAAAAGGAAUUCCGUAACUUGCUCAGAUGGCGUAUCAAGUGUCGCGAGAAGUUUGGACUUGUCGUCAAAAAGAAGCCUACCACGGAGGGCACCGAAGAGGAAGUGGCUGAGGUAGCCCCCAUGGACGAGGAACUGCAGAUUCAGGAAGAUUUGGUUCGGAUGCGGGAGCAGCAAACCGCCAAAGGCAAGAAGGAAAGGCGCAAGGAAAAUGAAAAGAAGCGCAAAGAUAUCAUUCGAAUGCAGAUGAACAUGACCGCGCCCAUGGACAUCGGUAUGGAGCAGCUUGGUAUGGGAGGUGAAGAUUCCACGUUCACCCUCAGACGUGUCGACCGGGAGAAUGCUCGCGAUGCCGUUGUCAAUGCCCGUGACCUUCCUGCUGAAAGUGAAAGCGAAGAAGAGUCCGAAGACGAAGACGAAGAAAGCGACGAUGAAGAAGAUCGCCUCGAAAGGGAACUUGACCAAAUGUACGAACAGUAUACCGGCCGCAUGGAGGACAAGGAUUCGAAAUUGCGCGCCAAGAAGUCACGCAAGCAAUACGAGGCCGACGCGUGGGAGGGCUUCUCUGACAGGGAGAAGGGCAGCGAUGAGGAGGAAGAAGAACAUGAAGAGGAAUCAUCGGACGAAGAAACCGAAGCUGCAGAUCAAGCUUCUCGGCCUGAGAAACUCUCGAACAACGCAUCUAUGUUCUUUGAUCAAGAUAUCUUCCAGGGAUUAGGGGACGAGGAGGAAGAAGAGGAGGAGGAGGAGGAGCAGCAGGAAGAAGAAGAAGAAGAAGACAGUGACAACAUCUUUGCGAUGGACGAGGACGAGGAACCCGAGGAGAAGACUCCGGCACCCAAGAAAACAAACAAGAAGAAUGCCAAGAAGGGUGCAAAGAAGGAUUCUGAGUGGGUUGACGAAUCCGAUGAGGGUGAGCCAGAAGCCGAACCGCGAAAGGCGAAUGGCCAUCUUGAUAUCGACAUUAUUACCGCAGAAGCCAUGGCCCUUGCACACUCAAUGGCUACAGGAGAGAAGCGCUCGUCCGAUAUUGUUGACGAUGGCUUCAACCGCUUUGCGUUCCGCGACACAGACGGCCUUCCCGAGUGGUUCAUCGACGAUGAGGGCAAGCACAGCACACCUGUGCGGCCCACUACUAAGGCUGCCGCGGCUGCUAUCAGAGAAAAGAUGCGCGCCAUCAACGCCCGCCCAAUCAAGAAGGUUAUGGAAGCCAAGGGACGCAAGAAGUUCAAGGCUGCCCAGAGGCUGGAGAAGCUUCGCAAGAAGUCAGCACUUUUGGCAGAAGACGAUGCCCUCAGCGAGCGCGACAAGGCCGGUGCCAUCGCCAGACUAAUGAGCAGGGCCACCAAGAAGAGGCCCAAGCAGGAAGUCAAGCUUGUCGUGGCUAAGGGUCCCAACCGUGGUAUCUCUGGUCGUCCCAAGGGUGUCAAGGGUAAAUACAAGAUUGUGGAUUCGCGUAUGAAAAAGGAUGUUCGGGCAGAGAAGAGAUUGGCAAAGAAGAAGUCGAAGAAAUAG